AUGCAGUACGGUAAAGGGAAGUCGUGUCACUACAGGUUCCUGACCAAAGGCCAACAGUGGAUUUGGCUCCAGACUCGUCACUACAUCACCUAUCACCAGUGGAACUCCAGGCCUGAGUUCAUCGUCUGCACGCACACCGUCGUCAGCUACGCGGAGGUGAGGGCAGAGCAGCGUAGAGAGCUGGGUAUCAUUGAAGAGCCGCCUCCUGAGGUAACUGUGGACAAGAGUCAAGACAGUGGAUCUGAGUGUCAGCUCAACACAGUUUCCAGCCUGAAAGAGGCCCUGGAACGCUUUGACCGUAGCCACACCCCCUCCUCCACCUCUCUGUCCUCUCACAAGACCUCCUCACAGCUCUCAGACAACACCUGUACCUCAACAGCCUCCAAGCUCCACAUGGACAUGGCCACGCCCCCUCGUCAGUCACAUGCUGCCUCCACCAUCGAGAUGACAUCACAGAGACGCUCCUCCAUCAGCAGCCAGUCUAUGAGUUCUCAGACCACGGGACACAGUGUGGCUCCCGUCCAUCCUGUGAUACAACAACACCAACAACAAGAGCCGGUGCUAGAGUUCUCAGCCCAGGUGAAUGCUAUGCAGCACCUGAAGGACCAGCUGGAGCAGAGGACCAGGAUGAUUCAGGCCAACAUCCAGAGACAGCAGGAUGAACUCCGAGCCAUACAGGACCAACUACACAGAGUACAGCCCCCGGCCAUACAGGACCAACUACACAGAGUACAGCCCCCAGCCAUACAGGACCAACUACACAGAGUACAGCCCCCAGCCAUACAGGUAGGAGGUAUAUAGACCCCAUA